AGCUCAAGAGUAAAGACGGUUGGUCUUGUCUCAUGUUUUUCUUUGUUCAGCAAUUCGUCUUAAUUGACUAAUUCCACUUUUUGCAAAAAUAAAAUAUCAAAAAGAAAAGAAUCUUGUGAUUAUCCAGAAAAAGGUUGUAGAAGAAACAAGAAGCUGCCCUGUUUUAGGUUUCCAAAUCAAAACUAGAAACUCUUAGAAACUUCUCACACACACAUCUCAUAAAUCUUACAAUAAAGUGAAGACCCAUCUUUAUAAACCCACCAAGUCUUGGAUUUUUCCUUCAAAUUCAGAACAAGAAAACAGAAUCAAGGAGAUUUAUCUGCUUAUAGAAAUGGCUUUGGCUCGUUUGGCUUUGAGAAACCUUCAACAAAAGUUGUCUUCUACCUUCAUGUGUCCAAGUGGUGAAAAAUGUUUGGUCGGGAACCGACAUAGCCAGAGUAAACUUAAUAGAUUCAUGGCUAGUUCGAGUGGCGAACAAGAGGAAAAGAAGAGUACAGAAGUCAGUGUGUCUGAGAAGAAGUCCCCUAGACGGAUUUUCCCCAGGAGACGUGGUCGGAAAAGUUUAUGGCGUAACACCGACGAUCAUGACUAUUUUGCACCCGCACUAAAUGGGUUCUUUCCUCCGAGUCUAGGAAAUGCUCUAAUGCAAGCAACGGAGAACAUAAACAGGAUCUUCGAUAAUUUCGACAUUAGACCAUCUCAACUAAUGGGUCAAGUGAAGGAGCAAGACGACUGUUACAAGCUGAGGUACGAGGUUCCAGGGCUAACCAAAGAUGACGUGAAGAUCACGGUAGAUAAUGGAAUCCUGAUGAUUAAAGGAGAACACAAGGCCGAGGAAGAAGAAGGAUCACCUGAAGAAGACGAGCACUGGUCUUCAAGGAGUUAUGGUUACUACAACACGAGCUUGUCUCUGCCUGAUGAUGCUAAGGUUGAGGAAAUCAAGGCGGAACUCAAGAACGGUGUGCUUAAUGUUGUGAUUCCUAGGAUGGAGAAGCCAAAGAAGGAUGUUCAGGAGAUUACUGUUGAGUAGAGUGACAUGGUGUGGUCUAUGUGAUUUUGCUGUUUCGAUGGAAUAAGGAAUAAAUGACAGAAUGUUGUAUCCCUAUAUGUGUUUGUUGUGUGUGAUUAUAAUAAACUAUUUCUGAUUUGGUAGACGAAGUUUUCAAAAGAUAAUGUAAUCUAUCUCCCAAGUGUAUGAACAGUUGAUCAAGAGGAUAUAUGAAGGGUCAUUUUGGUGUA